CUCUGCAAUUGGGUGUUCACACUAAUCAAGAAUUGCUCAAUGCUCCAGGAGAACAGCCAGUACUAUUAACAGCGGGCAGGAACUGCUCUUGUUCGUUGCUCCUGUCUUCCUCCCCAUACGUGGAGUCGUUGCUGGGGAAGAAGUUUAUUAGAACCGUGUUAGUUUAUUCGGACGGAUUGGCGGAAAGGGAACGGAAAAGACUGGGGGUUGCAGAGUAAGAGACAAGAUAUUACAUUCAGACUUCUCGUCCCGCUGUUUGGAAGCCGAGGAACAGAGAUGUUUAAGAAGUUUAAGAGACGGAGCUCGCCCGUGAGACGGAGCCGCCAGCCCCGUGUUACAGCCUGCCCGGAGCUGACUGCUCGGAUAUACUGUCGGCCACACUUUCUCCACCAGAGUCCAGCAGAGAUGAGCCAGUACGGGGACCAGAGACUCAGGCCGGUCCUGCUUCCUCCCAAGAACAAGAAAUUGCCUUGCAACACAGGCUACGCAGAGGUUAUAAAUGCCGGUAAAAGUAUUUUCAACGAAGAUCAGGCGACUUGCCGAACAAUCCACCUCAGAAAAGCAUUUGACAUCGAAGAGGAAUGGGUCCUUUUGUGCCCAAACGAAGAUACUCAAGACCAAGGCAUCGUGGCCACCUACUGGGGAUUGUUUGAUGGUCACGGAGGCCCCAUGGCAGCAUUGCUGGCAUCUGAGCAUUUACAUCACUGCAUCAAAGGACAGCUGGAGGAAAUCCUGGAUAUUAUCAGCAGCCCCUGCAACAUCCCACCCCCAUUCCACCUUGAGGGACACAAGAGGACGCAAACUGAAAUAAGCUAUGGAAUCGAGAAGAACAUCUGCAUCGAGAACCUGGUGAAAGGUGCGUUGGAGAUAGCCUUCAAAAACUGCGAUGAGCUGAUUGAGAACUACCAGCGAUCCCAUAGUCAAGUAGGAGGCUGUACAGCUCUGGCCAUUCUCCGUUUGCAGGGAAAUUUGUAUGUGGCCAAUGCUGGAGACAGCAGAGCAAUUAUUGUACACAAGAAUGAAGUCCGGCCUCUGUCCAAUGAAUUCACAGCCGUGACUGAGAGACAGAGGAUUCAACACCUGGCCUUCCUGAAGCCUGAGUUGCUGGGUCAAGAGUUUUCAAGAUACGAGGUUCCUCGCAGAGUGAAAAGGAGUGAUCUUGGAACAAAAAUCUUGUACCGAGAUUUCUUCAUGUCCGGCUGGGGAUACAAAACUGCAGAAGAAGAUGACCUCAAGUACCCUGUCGUGCAUGGGGAUGGAAGACAGACACGAGUGAUGGGGAUGAUUGCAGUCACGCGAGGCUUUGGAGACCAUGGAUUGAAGGCUUAUGACACUGACCUCUAUGUAAAACCAUUUUUGUCCUGUAUUCCAGAGGUUACAGUCUUCAACCUGGGACAACAUAAGUUUGACCAAAGUGAUGUUCUUAUAAUGGCCACUGAUGGAUUAUGGGAUAUUAUCUCCAAUAAGGAAGUAGCAGAGACCAGCCAGAAAUUUUUGGAAGACCAGAAACAUAAUCCACGCAGGUACACACUGUUGGCCCAGUGUCUUGUGAAUAAAGCAAGAGGUACACAAGAAGAAAAUGACUGGAAACUGGAAGAUGGCAGCUUUGCCUCAUUUGAUGACAUAUCCGUAUUUGUGAUCCCCCUGCAUAAUUUAGGGGGAGUAGUAUAAGUUCUCAUUUGAAGAACACUGGAAGGUCUCCAUAGCUGACAAUGGUGGUGUGCUCAAAAAAGGACUUGAGGACUACUGCAGAUCAAUGAGAAGAACAUCCUGUCAAUCCACUCCUUUUCCAUGAGCAAUAUUACAUUAUUCAUGAGAACCUACGCCAGGGAUAAUGGCCCGUUUAGUGCUGCCACUUGAUGUUUUGCCACCGACCGGGACUGUUUAGUGAAACUUCGCUAAGACAGCAGUGUGCGGUAGCGGGUUUCACCGGAGUGAUGGGAACUGUUCCCAAUCCAAAAGGGGAAAUAUUGUUGGAUUCCUGUAUACCUGCUGGGAUCCCAGCUUAAGUCACAUUCUGUUAAUGUUGUGGCAGAGAGGUUCUAUCAGAUAUUCAACACAAAUACAAAAUGAUGACUUCUUUGUUUUUAAAAAGAAUUACCUUGAUUUUAAGCAACAUUUUAAAUCAGAGGAUAACAAAUAAAUUAGUCAAAAUAGCUUUAGAUGGUGUAGAGUGAAAAAGGGGAAACGCCCAACUGUAGUUAGAGAAAAUAUUUAAUAACGUGCUUUUGUUUUAUAAUUUUCAUGUAUCCAUCUCAAUGCCAUCUUUUCAUAUCCAUAUUUAGUUCUAUGUAUAAAUAUUGAAGAGUAGUUAAUUUUCUUAAAAGAAGAAAACAAGGAUUGAAGAAAACAUAUUGAUGAUUAUUACCAUCAAGACUUCUAGAAGAUUUGCCACUAGUAAUAGUUGCACGAACUUACAAUAGCAGCUGAAAUCUACAGAGGAUAUUUUAGCUGUGUUACUGAAACAGCUCCAGUGAAAGCAAAGGUUACUUUAUGACCACUUGGAAACGUUGAGCACCCCAUUGAACUGUUAAGCACUUUAUUUUUAUGUUCUUAAAAUUAAAAUGUUCCAAUAGGAACUUGAGGCAGAAAAACAAACAUGUACCUCACCGAGAUAUGAAGAGCAUGAGAGACUGGGGUUUCUCCAGGGAAUUCCUACAUUAUCUGUGUGACUGAAA